AUGAGAGAACAGGAGCAUCGUGAGAAAGGAGCACAAAUUGAAAGAGAAGCAGAUGCAGAACGACGACGAGCACUAAAGGGAAAGGGAAAAGCUAUUACUGAAGAGAAUCCUCCAUGCAAACGGAUGCGCCCGAGUGGUAUACAGAUUAGAGAAAGCGAGGUUGUACCACAUGAGCAUGAAGAUGCAGAGUCAUAUGAAGAGUCGGUUGUAUUACAUAGGAGAGUUGGUAGCACAUCAGACGCUCAAAACACUGAAAUGCCGUCUAUUAAUGUUAGAGAAGAUGAUGGGGUGUCGGAUACUUACGAAAUUGACAAAGUAGAUUACGACACUGACGAAUUACAUGAUCCAAAUACUUUUAUCAAUCAGGUAGCUGUUGUUGCUACCGAUGUACGUCAUUUUCUGGGACAAAUGGAUGUCAAAUGUCAGCACUUCGGGGCAUUGCACUGGAUGGCAGAAAAACUUACAAAUUCAUCUUUAAUAAACCAAAAAUUUGGGUCAUGUUGUCUCCAAGGAAAAUUUUGCCCACCGUCACUGCGUGAACCACCGGUAGCCAUCAUAGAAUUGUUUGACGGAACCGACGCCGUAUCAAUUUCUUUUCGGAAAUAUAUUCGAGAGUAUAAUACAACUAAUGCGUUUACUAGCCUUGGAUGCAAAUUAGAUACAAGAGCUUUGAAAGGGAGAGGUCCGAGACCUUUCUCAAUACAUGGGGAGUUGAGACAUUUAACCGGAGGUGUUCUACCAACUCCUGGGACUGAGAGGAUGGCGGUUUACUCCCAACUGCGUUAUAAUCUUCCGACAACAGAUGAGAUUGCGGUUAUCGUUCCAGAAAAUACUUAUAAGGAGACUAGGGUGCGAGAUAUUAUACUGCAUUUGAGAGAAAACAAUGGAUUGAAACAAAUUUCGGAGUGUCAUCCGGCAUACUUGCCUUUACAUUAUGUUUUACUAUUUCCUUUUGGUGAGAUGGGAUGGUCACCAACAAUGAGGCAAUGGGAUGCAGUCACCAAAACCUAUACGAAAACAAAAUUAUCUCAAAUGGAGUAUUACAGUUACCGCAUAUUUGAACGUGCAGAAGAAUAUUCAACCAUCUUAAGAGCCGGAAAACUAUUUCAAGAGUUCUUAGUUGAUGCAUGGGCUGCUACAGAGCAAAGUAAGUUGGCAUGGCUUAGAUUCAACCAACCAACUCUGCGUUCUGACCUCUACAGUUGCAUUGCAGAUAUGACAAAUGCGGAUUUAAAUCCGGGUGAUAGAGGUAAUCCUGUUAUUUUACCAUCUUCACACACUGGAAGCGGGAGGAAUAUGUACGAGAUAUACCAGGAUUCGAUGGCUAUUACACGUUUUCAUCACCAUCCAAAUAUUUUUCUUACAAUGACUGCAAACCCAAAUUGGCCAGAAAUAAAAAAUGCACUUUUACCCAAUCAGAGUGUCACUAAUCGUCCUGAUUUGGUAGCUAGAGUUUUUGAGCUGAAAAGAAAAGCAUUGAUGAAAGAAAUAAAGGAAAAAAAGGUGUUCGGCACGGUGGUCGCCCAUGUUUAUACCAUCGAGUUUCAAAAACGUGGGCUACCACAUAUGCAUGCUCUUAUAUUUUUGAAAGAUUCGGAAAAAAUUCGUACGGCAGACAUGGUUGAUAAAUUUGUUUCGGCUGAAUUUCCUAAUGAGAUAAAUGACCCAAUAUUGUUUGAUAUCGUAAGAAAAUCGUGUAUGGAAAAGGGAAAAUGUACAAAAGGAUAUCCUAAUAAGUACACCGACACAACAACUUUGGACGAGGGUGGGUAUCCGAGUUAUCGUCGUCGUCGGGAUGGAAUAGAAGUAACUGUCAGAAACAACAAAAAUGCGUAUAAUAUAGAUGUUGUACCCUAUAACCCGCAUCUGUCAAGAAUGUUCAAUUGCCACAUCAAUGUGGAAAUAUGUGCAGGAAUAAGAGAUGUAAAAUAUAUUAACAAAUACAUUUACAAAGGUGGUGACCGAGCUACGAUGGUUUUGGGAGAACAUGACGAGAUUCAACAAUAUAUUGAUGCGAGGUACAUUGGACCACAUGAGGCUGUAUGGCGUUUGAUUGAGUACCACUUGCAUGAAGAAUAUCCUGCUGGUUGGCAAUUCAUUUACAGAAUAGGGAACGGGUUGUUGAUAACACAAGGCAAUCAAUGA